AUGGGCAUAAACUUUUCUUGCUCUGCGUGGGCAGCCCAGGUCGAGCAUUAUAGUCGGAAAAAAAAUCAUGCCGUUCUCGUGUUUGACAACCGAGGCACCGGAAAUAGCGAGUUGAGUGUUACCGGUGCCGGAGCAAUUGAACCGUACAAAACUUCAGAAAUGGCGAAGGAUACUAUGAAUCUGUUGAAAUGGGUCGGAUGGGAGCAAGAUCGCUCAAUCCAUUUGUUAGGUGUCUCUCUUGGCGGCAUGAUAGCACAAGAAUUGUGCUUGGUUAUUCCGAAGAGAUUCAAAUCCGUCGCGUUUAUAAGCACCAGGUGUGGAAGUGAAUUGGACUGCCCAUCGAAAAGAAGCUUUAGUGCAGUAUUCAAGACCACCUCCAAGAUAGCUACGGGAGAUCAAGCCUUGGAUUUAUAUCUGGAACUACUACUCCCAGAUGGACAAUUCAACGACUCAACGGAAGAGGGGCGAAUCUUCAAGAGCGAAUUGCGCGAGAAACUGCGAAGUUGCCACCAUCUACCCCGGGAACAACCUGCUCUUGCGUUUGGGGGACAUUUUUAUGCAGCUAUGAUGCAUCAUUGCUCUUAUGAACAAUUAGGAAAAAUAGCUGACGAUCUUCAUCCAGCCAAAAUAUUGGUGAUAACGGGCGAUAGCGAUGAGCUGGUUUUACCAAAGAGGUCACUAGAGCUGCACGAACAUUUACCCGGUUCCGAAUUGAUUGUGGUGAAAAAUGCAGGGCAUGCCUUACCUUGUCAGAUUACCGAGGAUUUCAAUUCAAUUAUGGAUAGGGUAAUCGAAGAAGGCAACUUGGCUUUCUGCGGUCACUGA